AUGGUGGCGGCACGAAUCCCUCUCAAUUACAUGUCCAGUUUCAAUCUCACACCUCUACAAGGACUCUUGAAAGAAUUUUCAUUCCGCAUCGAGAUUCGUUAUUUGGAAAGGGAAUUGCUUUAUUGGCUUCAAAUCUUGAGGUCCUACGAUGUCGAUCUUGAAUACUACGGCAAGAAAGUAAUGUGUCUAUUCAAUUUAAUCAAAAGCAAAGAUCUUAAGUGGCCCUCGUUACGGUCAAACUUACCCUAUUGCAGAUUCUAUCCGAGAUGGACAGAGGUACAUCUCAUUGGGUUCAAAUAUGGUCAUCGUCUAGAGGAUUGGAGGUUUUGGUUCUCAGAACCGACUGAUCGAAUUGAUGGAGAAUUCUGGUCGCUCAUUGAAGACUCACCUCUUGCAACUUUCAUCCCAGGCGCUUGGGCUCAGGAAUCUCCCUGCAUCUGA